GGACCCGCUGUGUUGUCAGCAGCUAGAGGACACGGUCAAGAUGGCGGCGGUGUCUGGGCUGGUGCGGAGACCCCUUCGGCAGGUCUCCGGGCUGCUGAAGAGACGUUUUCACCGGACCGCGCCAGCUGCGCUGCAGGUGACAGUUCGUGAUGCUAUAAAUCAAGGUAUGGAUGAGGAGCUAGAAAGAGAUGAGAAGGUAUUUCUGCUUGGGGAAGAAGUUGCCCAGUAUGAUGGGGCAUACAAGGUUAGUCGAGGCCUGUGGAAGAAAUAUGGAGACAAGAGGAUCAUAGACACUCCCAUAUCCGAAAUGGGAUUUGCUGGAAUUGCCGUAGGUGCAGCUAUGGCUGGGUUGCGGCCCAUUUGUGAAUUUAUGACCUUCAAUUUCUCUAUGCAAGCCAUUGACCAGGUUAUAAACUCAGCUGCCAAAACCUACUACAUGUCAGGGGGCCUUCAGCCUGUGCCCAUAGUCUUCAGGGGGCCCAAUGGUGCCUCAGCAGGCGUAGCUGCUCAACACUCACAGUGCUUUGCUGCAUGGUACGGGCACUGCCCAGGCCUAAAGGUGGUCAGCCCCUGGAGUUCAGAGGAUGCCAAAGGACUUAUAAAAUCAGCCAUUCGGGAUAACAAUCCAGUGGUGGUGCUAGAGAACGAAUUGAUGUAUGGAGUUCCCUUUGAAUUUCCUGCUGAAGCUCAGUCAAAAGAUUUUCUCAUUCCUAUUGGAAAAGCCAAAAUAGAAAGACAAGGGACACAUAUAACCGUGGUUUCCCAUUCAAGACCUGUGGGCCACUGCAUAGAAGCUGCAACGGUGCUAUCUAAAGAGGGAAUUGAAUGUGAGGUGAUAAAUAUGCGUACCAUCAGGCCAAUGGACAUUGAAACCAUAGAAGCCAGUGUCAUGAAGACAAAUCAUCUCAUAACCGUGGAAGGAGGCUGGCCACAGUUUGGAGUAGGAGCUGAAAUCUGUGCCAGGAUCAUGGAAGGUCCUGCAUUCAAUUUCCUGGAUGCUCCCGCUGUUCGCGUCACUGGUGCUGACGUCCCUAUGCCUUAUGCAAAGAUUCUGGAAGACAACUCUGUACCUCAGGUCAAAGACAUCAUAUUUGCAAUAAAGAAAACAUUAAAUAUCUAGUUUGGACUUGAAUAUCAAGUCAUUGAAAUUUAUGAAAUACUUGCUGGCACUUCAGCUGGAUUGUACUGCAACACCUUACUAUUCAUAAAGGAAAAUGAUCUCUAAAGCAACAACAGAUGUUUUUGUACUGGGAAGAAGUUUUAAAUGUGUGUAUGUGUGGAGAAUUCUCCACUCUUCUGCCCUGGUCUCCAUGCUACUUUUUGUCUGUUACAGUUGCCAUGUUCUUUGAAUAAGAUUAAUGUAAAAUUUUACCUUCUUUCACUAUAAGGACAAAAUAUGAAUGUGACAGAGUCUUGUUGAAAGAUAUAUCCAAAAAAAAAGAUAACUUAUAUGUAUAAAACGAAAGCGUAGAAUCAUUUACUCUUAGAUUGUUUUGAUAAGGAAUAAAGGAAUUCCUGAC